CAUUCUUUGUCCCCCAACCUCAGUAUCAGUGUAUCACCAGGACUUUAUAUUCAGCCCGAUGAUAACUAUUUAUUCGCCAACUAUUACUACUGGGUCCGCUUGAAUGCAUCAAGAUAUGGCGGAGGACGAGUCCCGCUCCUUGGAGUUCACAUCUACAUGGAUAGUAGCUGCUGUUUGCUCCAUCAUUGUUCUGGUAUCUUUUGCUGCAGAGCGUGGUCUUCAUCGACUUGGAAAGUUGUUGUUACAUAAAAGUCAAGACGCACUGUUUGAGGCCUUACAAAAAUUAAAAGAAGAACUGAUGCUGUUGGGGUUUAUUUCCCUUCUAUUAACGGUUACCCAAGGUCCAAUAACCAAGAUAUGCAUUCCUGAUGAUGCUGCAUCUCACAUGCUUCCCUGCAAAAUGCCCACUAGCCACGUUUCAGAGAGCUACCACCGUCGCUAUCCUCCUCAAACUGUAAACGGUAUCGGAAAACGGCUUUUGCUUGAGAGUAGUACUGGCCAGCAUUGUGCCCAGGGGAAAGUUCCUUUGUUAUCACUAGAAGCAUUGCACCAUUUGCACAUUUUCAUCUUUGUAUUGGCAGUAGUUCAUGUGAUCUUCUGUUGCACCACCAUGGUUCUUGGAGGGGCAAAGAUACGCCAAUGGAAGAAGUGGGAGGAUUCAAUUAGGAAUGAACCUAUUUCAAGAAGAAAUGAGUCUGUCCCAGAGCUUGCCGAGAGAAAGGAAACUUUACAUUGGAGGAAGUCGGCUAUAGUAAGUUGGAUGAUGUCAUUCUUCAAACAAUUUUAUGGCUCUGUAACCAAGUCAGACUACAUUACACUGCGAGAAGGAUUUAUAGCGGCCCAUUGUGCUUCAAAUCCUAAAUUUGAUUUUCAUAAUUACAUGAUGAGAACACUUGAAGUUGAUUUCAAAAAAGUUGUGGGCAUAAGCUGGUACCUAUGGCUUUUUGUGGUGUUCUUUCUGCUGCUAGAUGUGGAAGGGUGGCACACAUAUUUUUGGCUGGCUUUUCUACCCUUGAUUCUUCUACUUCUUGUGGGUGCUAAGUUAGAACACAUCAUCACCCGUUUAGCUCAGGAGGUUGACGAGGAAAAGGCAAAGGGCCAUGAAGCAAGAGUGAAGCCGUCUGAUGAACAUUUUUGGUUUCGUCGUCCAAGCAUUGUUCUUUACUUGAUUCACUUCAUUCUGUUUCAGAAUUCAUUUGAGAUUGCCUUCUUCUUCUGGAUCUGGUUUUCUUCAGAGCACAUAUGGAUUCAAUUCUUGCAUCAUGGAAAAAUUGGGCUACAUCAUCCCAAGACUUUUAAUGGGUGCGCUUGUUCAAGUGCUCUGCAGUUACAGUACUUUACCUUUGUAUGUCAUCGUAACCCAGAUGGGUAGCAUGUUCAAGGAAGGCAUGUUUCAUCAACACGUGCACCAAUCUAUACUUGGUUGGGCUCACGGGCAUUCAAAUGAAUAAUUCACCCUCAUUACUGAAGAAUUCAGCUUUCUGGUCCUGCCAAGACUCUCAUGUUAUCCUCUUUUAAGUUUCUUCAUUGGGGAGCAUCAAUUUGACAAUUUGGUUCCUCUUAAUAAUGAUUACUCAUCUUAAUCUAUAUAAAACACACUACAAUUUUCUUUCAAA